AUGUUUGAAUCACCCCCUGACGCUUUAUUCCGUGAUCUGUCAGAGUCGCAUGACCUAGGUAUUAAUACGAAAAGUAAACGAAAUAGGACAACAUUCUCCACACGACAGCUACACGAGUUGGAGAGGACGUUCAGAAAGACACACUAUCCAGACAUCUUCACACGGGAGAAACUGGCCAGUAAGGUCAAACUGCCGGAGUCUCGCAUUCAGGUGUGGUUCCAAAACCGACGAGCCAAGUGGAGAAAGCGGGAGAAACCGUUUCAAAGUCUCAACAUCUCAUCGCCAUGUUCAGUCACUUGUCCUUUCCAAUGGCAGGCCUAUCGCAGUUUUUCUACAGAGUCGGCACUUCCUGCCGUGUACAGACAGUUCCCUGCUCUAUUGGGCGCCCAGCAGGCACUGAGAGCCGAGAUGGUCAGAGGGUCGCACUACUGCCUCCCAACGCAGGCCAUAUCCACCGUGACUAGUUCUGCAGCGCCCCCGUCAUCAACUGUACAGGCAGCUGGACGUGGCCAGGUACACAGUGCAUUCAAACAUAAUCGCUGUUAG